ACGUCAGCUAACAACACCACUUGUCAACUUCCGAGAAAACGAAAAUUAAGUAUCAGGAAAAGCGUCAACAAUCGUGUUCCAUUGACAUCCCAAUAACCCGAUAUCAAGAUCCAUGGAGAUCGAAGAACCCAAACCGUCGCCGGAGUCAAAAAUUGACCCCACGACCAUCGAAGUGCUAGGCGAACCGGAAAUUGACAUGCAUCCCUUGGACAAGCUGGAUUUGACUCAAGUGCAAGUAGGAUCUUGGACUUGGAUCCUUCGGAAAGAGCCGGAUUUCUUCAUCAACAACCAAGAGCCCGUGCACACGUUCUGCUUGCUCUAUGACGAUAAAACUCGUAUUUUCUUUUUCCGGGUCCUAGGUCGAACUUUGAGAACUGGAAAGUGUGACACUGAACUCGAAUUGUGGGACAAAUGUCGGAAAUAUUUUCAACUCAAAGAAGCUUGUCUGGGGUUUCAAGCUUUGAAGCCCAAUUCAUUUCCAUUGUCUUGUUCCUUUGCCCCAAAUUGCAAAGGUUUUGUGCCCUCUCAGGGAUCUAAUUUGGAUAAGAAGAGUUUUAAGUGCCUUAAAUGUGCGGAAUUUGCCACUUCAUCAGGAAGCAUCGCGGAUUUGUUACAAGAUAUGAUCGAUGACGUGAAAGUAGAGGAAGAUCCGGAAGCUCUGUCUCAAACCAAAGUUGAAGCUCUCAGUGAUAAUGACGAGCCCUUAUUUGAAGCCGACGAGGAUUACGUUCCUCCUGUUGAAGCCGUGUUAUCGCCCCAAAUGGAGACCAAAGUAGUGCUACCACCCGUAGAUGAUGGUAUCUGGCCCAAAAAGAGUAAACGAGGCAGGCCAAGAAAAGUGCCUUUGCCAAGUGAGGAAGAUGAUGACAAUGAGGAUGAAGAAUACGCGCCCAAAGUGAACCUGCCAAAGAAACGAGGUCGUCCAAGGCUCGACAAAAAUGAACGAUGGACUUGUUCCUUGUGUAGUAAAACAGUAGCCGAACAGUUCAAAGAGAGACACAUGAAGUACGUCCAUCAUCAAGGGGCUUUCCAAUGUAGUCAGUGUGAGAAUAGUUUCGAUUUUUCUCCCGAGCUCAUUCAACAUUCCGAGACAGAGCAUCCUGAAACACUUGAGCAGCCUUGUGCCCAAUGCAUGGAGCCCAUCAAUCUUUCAGAAUUGGCCCAACAUGUACCCAAAUGUUUCAUGAAGUCCAAAUUGGAUAAAUAUCGAAAGUUGGACAUGCAAUGCGAUGUUUGCGGUCAGAACUUCACAAAUGCCUACAAGUUCUGGUCUCACAAGAGACGUCACAAACCGAAGAACUUUGCCUGUGAGAUCUGUGAUCACAAGACCACCAACAUCAGCAAUCUUAAGAGCCAUCAGAGGACUCACGAGGUUGGACAUGAAGUGGUGUGUCCCAUUUGCGGGAAAAUGCUGAAGCACAAGGCCACGUUAAACUCUCAUAUGAAAUUAAUGCACGAGGGUGCAUUGACCAAACAUCCUUGUGACAAGUGUGGUCAGAUCUUCAAAAGCCGCAUCAGCUUGAACAAGCACAGCAUCCGAGUCCACGACGAAUCCAGUCAAUGGGUGUGCAAAGAUUGUGGCAAGAGGUGUGGGGGUAAACACGAGUUCAAAGAUCACAUGAACACACAUGCCGAGCCCUCGGUCGAGUGUCCCACUUGUGGGAUCAAGCUGAAAACCAAGCGAAUCCUGAUUUGUCAUUUACGAACUCACACCGGAGAAACGCCUUUUCAAUGUCAUUUGUGCGAAAGGAAAUUCAAGACCUCGCCACCCUUCUAUUAUCACAUGUCUCGAGUUCACAACAUCCAAGGGCGGGUCCGUAUCAGUUCCUCAACGAUACUUGAGAGAGAUGAAGAAGAUGUCAAGAAGUAGUAAUCGGCUUUCAUAAAAUCCUUUGUGGUGAUAAGCGAAGGUUACUCUACUCGGUGUUUUCAAUCACGACAUUCCAAGGCGGCAUUUCACGGAACAGCAUCUCACAAGAAGAGAGCGAUGCCUUCCUCUCCAAAGCAACAGACAGUACAGGUUAUUCCAAAGUUUGACUAGACUUUUUUGUGCCCAAAAGUUUCUUUGAAUUUGCCUGCUGGUUGCAAUUAGAAAAAUGGAAUGGCAAAACACUUAAAACCAUGAGGGCAAUUACUCCAUUAUCUGACAGAAUUCCUGAUUUAGAUUUGUCUUGUAACAUAUGAGUUCAUGAAGUGACAUUGUAUUAAAAAUAAAACUAUACUUGUCCAACUC